GUAAGUUCACUAUCAUACGGCUUUUCACAUAGGAAACUUCCUCCUCCUUUUGUCACUCCCUAUAACUAGGAGAGCAGUUAAUAACUUAUAGUUAAUACAAUUCAAAUAUCAAAACUAAAAACAAAAACAAAACCAUUAACCAACCACCAUACAUGGCGUCGCAGUCGUCAUCACCACCUUCAGGAAUAGCAGAGAGUGAUGGUCUUAAAAACAACCACGAACACAACCGGAAUGGCGGAAGCAACAAUCUCAAUCACCGUACUUUCACAUUUUUACGCAGACCUAGGAAGCAGCGCAAGGUGGCAGAAUAUUACAAAAAACAGGAGAGACUCCUUGAAGGAUUUAAUGAGAUGGACACUAUGGCUGAAACCGGGUUUUUCCCAGGAAGUCUCACUGAGGAAGAAAUGAAGCAACUAGCCAAGAGUGAGAGGAUGGCGGUUUAUGUGUCGAAUGCGUGUAACUUGCUGCUCUUUGCAGCUAAGGUUUUUGCCUCAGUCGAGAGCAAAUCCUUAGCUGUCAUUGCCUCAACCAUGGAUUCUCUCUUGGAUCUCUUGUCAGGGUUCAUAUUGUGGUUUACUGCGAAUGCCAUGAAAACUCCAAACCGUUUUCACUAUCCAAUCGGAAAGAAGCGCAUGCAACCAGUGGGUAUCAUUGUGUUUGCAUCAGUGAUGGCAACACUGGGGCUGCAAAUUUUGAUUGAGUCUGGCAGAGAACUUAUUACCAAGACUAAGCCUGAAAUGGACCCAGUGAAGCUUAACUGGAUGAUCGGAAUUAUGGUAUCUGUCACCGUUGUGAAGUUCAUUCUUAUGGUCUAUUGUCGAAGGUUCAAGAACGAAAUUGUUAGAGCAUAUGCACAAGAUCACUUUUUUGAUGUCAUUACCAAUUCGGUUGGAUUAGCUGCUGCUGUGCUUGCUGUCAAGUUCUAUUGGUGGCUUGAUUCAACAGGAGCUAUUGUUAUUGCAUUAUACACAAUCAACACAUGGACAAGGACAGUGAUCGAGAAUGUCUGGUCGCUCAUCGGAAGGACAGCACCGCCCGAUUUCCUGGCGAAGUUAACUUACCUUAUAUGGAAUCACCAUGAACAGAUUAAGCACAUAGAUACAGUCAGAGCAUACACCUUCGGUGCACAUUACUUUGUCGAAGUUGAUAUCGUGUUGCCGGAAGACAUGCUUCUGAAUCAAGCACACAAUAUUGGUGAGACUCUCCAAGAGAAGCUGGAGCAACUUCCAGAAGUUGAGAGGGCUUUUGUCCACAUAGAUUUUGAGUUCACUCAUAGGCCUGAACAUAAGAUCAUGGUAUGAAAGAUAUUUAUGAUAUCUUAGGAUAAGGGCAAGAGGGUUUUUUUUUUUGCCUUUGCUGUUCAACUUAAUGUUUCUUCAAUUUUUUGCUUUUCCUUUGGAUCAUGUAGUUAAAUUUGCUUGUAUCUUGAACUGUAUUAAUAUGAUAGAAGUUUAUCUUUGAAA